GUGGAAACAUAUUGGCAUAGGUCAAAUAAGCUGGGAGUUAGUUCUUGCUGCAUUAACUUCACCAAUGCACAUGUGAGGAGGUUGGAACACAAGAAGCAAAGCAUACACACUAUUUCACACUGUAGCCAGCAACAAAACUGCAAAGGAAUUUCUUUCAGAACAAUUUGAGAUAGGUAAUCCCUAUUGUUGUAUUUUUCUUUGAAGGAUCAACAGCAAGAACAAAUUAUUCAACAUGUCAUUUUUUGAUAAAUUAUCAAAGGCAUUCACAGAUGACAAAUCCUCCAACUCAGAUGGAAGAGACCAGGUCAUCCGUGAAACUAAGAAGAAAACUCGAUUAUUGAAUGAUGGUGAUUGGAUUAAAAAUAACCAAUCAGACAGUUCUGAGAAUGCCGCAGCUGAUGUCAACUAUGGAAGAUCAGCAUUAAACCGAGUAAAGUCAGAAGAAAGUCUGAACAGGGAUUCAAGUGGGCUAAAUAAGGUGACCACGACAAAAUCUAACACGAUAGAUGGAAGGAAACGCAGCACUUGGCUAAUUAAUAGUAGCCGUAAGAAAGAUGCAAUCACCCGAUUCCGGUCUGAAGAAUUCCUGAACAGUGAUACUGCUGAUUUCAACAAGACAAAACGGACUUCAGCUUUGGAUAAACCUUCAAGGUAUAGAACUAUGUUUACUGUUUACACUUCUGAGCCAUUUGAAAGGCUUCCUAAUAAAGUUACGCUCAGUCGAUACAGAUCUGAAGAAAUCCUGAACAGAGACAGCGAUACCACUGAUUUCAACAGCCCUCCAAAGAAGAAUUCAAGUGUGGACAGAUACAGCAGGAGUAAUUCAUACAAAACGGAAGAAACUUCAACAACGACAAAACCAACAUCUGAGAGUAAAACUACCACUCAGAGGUCAUAUCAAUUCAAAACCGAUGAAUUGCCAAAGAUGACAAUAGUUACAUCUGAAACGAAAACUGAAAGUCCAACCAAUAAGAGUUCACAGAGCCGGUCCUCUCCUGAUGGUCAAGUGACAACACCAGAAAAGACAUCCUCAAAGACAAAUCUGAAAUGGGAUAGCAAGAAAGAUGAAACACCAGGGAGUACCUCAAAGACAUCCACUCUGGAGCAAGACACUGUUAAAAAAAAUAAAAGUGAAGCAGCACCUUUGAUUGAUCUGGCACCAAGCACAGAAAGAUCAAAUAAGGGAUCGUCAGAUUUUACAUCUAAGUAUGGAAGUAAAAGUCUAAUAGAUCUGUCAGAUCCUCCAGAAAAAACAAAUGCGAGAACUCCAAGUACACCUCCACCUAGUCCAGAAAGGAAAUCAAGCCUGAUUGAUCUGACACCACCGACCAUUCCAGAUAAACCGAAGAGGAGUAGUGGCGAUUGGGACACCAUCACCUCUUCUACCACUACAAGCUCAAAAACAACCUUUGAACCGUCCUCCAGGAAGUCAAGGAGCAGUGGAGACAGAGAUACUACCUACUCUAGCACUACUACAAGCACUAAAUCAACUUUUGACCCAACCUCUUCAAGCAACAAUGACUGGAACACCAUUACUUCAACCACCACAACAAGUACAAAGGCAACCUAUGAACCAGACGCAAAACCCACCAGAUCUACAAGUGAACAAGAUCUUCACAAUGAUGAAUCAAGCUACAAGCCACUGAGCUCUUAUACCAAGACAAGUAGGACCUUCAGCUCUAAGUCAGAUGGUGGUAGAAGCCCAUCCAAUGAUGAGUAUCAGUAUAAUUCUCGAUCAUCCUACAAGGAAAAUAGCCUUUCUCCUGAUGAUGAUGAAUCUUCAGGCUAUCGAUCCCCAAGCUAUUCCCCGCGGAGAAACUGGAGCUCCAGCUCGUCUCUCUCAGAUGGCAAGAAUCCUGCAAAAGUGAUAACUUUAACCACAAACUACACCAGCGCUGGACAGACUACGAAAGAUAAAAAUGUGUGCAGCCAGUGCUACAAACCAUUUAACAACAGUCCAAAAAUGAUCUUGGAGGAUCUGAACAUUAACUGUCACGCAUCAUGCUUUAAGUGUCAAAUUUGCCACCGAUCACUUGAGAACCUGAAUGCUGGAGACAGUCUUUGGGUUCACCAUCGCACUGUGCAUUGCGAGUCAUGCUAUGAUAACGCAAAAGCUCAACUUGGAUACUAAAUGGAACCUCAAUGGAACCUUUCUAUGGCUUGGGAUCUACUGGGGAUUAAAGAACAUAUUUACAUGACAUUUUGGACUUCAGAAGCUAUUUCAUACAAAUUAUAUUGCCUUUCUAUAAUUGUAAUUUCUGGAUUCCAUUUUAAAAUAACAGAGAACUGUAUCUCUAAAUCCUCCUCAUAUUAUGUACUAUAGACCAAUUUGAUGAAAAGAACCGGUGUAUGUGAGGUGAAAGCAUUGCUUCUGGUGAAGGUGAAUAGCUGCCAUAAAGUAAUUUUUUUUACUUGCUUAAUGUAUAUUUAAAGAGGAAUACUAACAUCUAAUCAGCUCUCUUUCUUAAGACAAUAUUUACCAGUUUAUGCUAUGUAAACCAUUAAUUACUGUGUUAAUUUUGCUUUAUCUAAAGAAGCAUGUGCCCCAAAUUAUAAAAUGUUAGACAACUAAUUAAAAUACAUAAAUUGAACAAAAAGCCUUCAUUUAAUGCAAACUUGCAAUGCAAACAUUCUUCCAGCUUUCUAAUAUAUAAUUACAGGACUAAUAAAAAAAGGCUCAUACAUUAAAGAUUUUUUUGAUGUACAGUAAGAGUUCUGAACUUGAAGAGGCAUCUUUAACUACCAUGGUGCAGAAAUCUUAUAUCUGUAUGUCUUAAUUUAGCAAAACGUUUAAAAUUUGUUCAAUAAAAAUGGUGUUCAUUGACUAUUUGUGUUACAAAAUUUCGUUGGAGCAUUGGUAAUUGUGUCAUGCACCGUCCUAUUUAGUAUGACAAUAUUCUUUCUUUAAAUGCUGGCAUUGUUGUUGAGGAUAAUUUUCUAAAUUUUAUAUUUCUAUAUGGUACAGAUCGUGUGUAAAUGUGAUUACCUUUCUAUUUCAAUUACUGUUGUUAUCUUUGUAACUAAUGAGUGGCCAGAUUUUUCUAUUGGUUUGGAGUAAUAGCUGAUCAUAACAACAGAAGCAUUGACAAGAUCCUUCUAACAUAUGUACAACACUAAUGUGUCCAAGUUGUAGAUUUUUCUACUAGUAGAGAAGAAUAAUCAGGCUUUUUUUUUCAAA